AUCAACAUCACAGACAAAACCUAAACCCCGCACCUCAACCGAACUCCGCUAACCCCGAAUUUUCAAGCAUUGACUUCUGCCCUGUAUAAAACCACGCUUUAUUCGUUCCCAGCGGUAAAAGUAUUUUCAUUUUGUUGUUCGUAAUUCAGGUAAACGCGGGCUAACGAAGAAUUCGCUUUAAAACUGUAGCUAUAAAAAUAUAAAAGGUGGAAUACAGAAAGGGAAAUGUGUUUCCUAUUUCAAAGUGUGUAGACUACAGCAACGCUGAAGCGACUUCAUGACAGUUAAUCCAAAGCAGACGCUUUGUAGAGGUGACCGGCAAGCUGCUAAGAUCCGGACACGAGAAUGGCACAAACAUGGGGCAACUUUUUGUACUCGCUUCUCGAUUACAAGACAGAGAAAUUUGUCAUUGCAAAAAACAAGAAAGUAGGAGUUCUGUUCAGGCUCUUUCAGUUGGGAGUAAUCGGAUACUUAAUCGGGUGGGUCUUCAUAUGGAAGAAAGGGUACCAGGAGACAGAUGAGGCCAUCCAGAGCUCUGUGUUCACAAAGGUCAAAGGUGUGGCACUCACCAACAGCACAGACUUGGGCCUCCAGAUAUGGGGGGCUGAAGAUUAUGUCAUACCUUCUCAGGGGGAUAGAGUUUUCUUCAUGGUGACAAAUUACCUUGAGACACCUAACCAAAGGCUGGGCUACUGCUCUGAGAGUCCAAAAGUUCCAGACGGCCAUUGUGAACGCAGUGAGGAUUGUAUAGAGGGCGAAACUGUUAUAGCUGGCCAUGGGGUGAAGACAGGCCACUGCAUGAACAACACAGGGACGUGUGAGAUCCAUGGUUGGUGUCCCAUCGAGCGCAGCCAUGAGCCAAUGGAGCCCAUGCUGGAAAAAGCAGAAAACUUCACCAUCUACAUCAAGAACUUCAUUAGGUUUCCGAAAUUUGAUUUCUCCAAAUCCAAUGUUCUAGGCACCACCAACAACACGUAUUUGAAGACAUGCACCUAUGAUGAGGUCCACCAUCCCUACUGCCCCAUCUUCCGUGUGGGAGACCUGGUGCGCUGGACUGGUCAUAGAUUUCAGGAAAUGGCUGUCAAGGGUGGUGCUGUCGGUGUGGUGAUUGACUGGAACUGUGAUUUAGAUAAAGACUCCACCAAGUGCAGACCUGAGUACAGCUUCACACGCCUGGACGCCCUGAAGGACUCCACCAGCCCUGUAGCAUCAGGAUACAACUUCAGAUUUGCUAGAUAUUACAGAGACACAGAAGGACAGACCGUUCGCUCUCUGUAUAAAGUGUAUGGCAUUCGAUUUGAUAUCAUGGUUAAUGGGCAGGCAGGGAAAUUUAAUAUUAUUCCCACAGUGGUGAACAUUGGGUCUGGGCUUGCAGUAAUGGGUGCUGGUGUGUUCAUCUGUGACAUGAUCCUGAUCUAUAUCAUAAGCAAGAGCUCUUUCUACAGAGAGAGAAAGUUUGAGGGCGUUGCAAAUAGAGAAAAGGAGAGAGGGUGCAGAGACGCAAGGAACACUAGACACCAUCAUCGGCACACCCACGGCGGACGACACAGGAAGGAGAACAAACCUACUGAGGAAGAGCAACCACUGCCCUCAUCAUCACCGACACACGGUCAAUACAAGCAGCCGAAGACUCACCGUCACGAACAAAAACAACUUCCCACGGCCUCAUCUAGACCCCACCACAGUCCAGAAAGAAAAGCCAUGUCCCUGGUCUCAUCCUCUAGAACAACACACAGUCAUCUGAAAUGAAGUGAUAAAGAUAAGCCCAGUCUAGACACAGUAGCAGAGAUUAUCCUUGGAAAUGGUUUUAAAACAGGAAAUGGGGUGAAGUUUAAAUAAGAUCAGGCCCUUCAGACCUUCAAUCAGUUUUGAACCAAUGGAAAGUUUGCUGGAAGUGAACGUUUCUGUAAUUGCAAGAUGUGAGAGGGCAAAUUAUUUUGUCAGAUAAAUGGGGUUUUAUAGGAAACUAUGCCAAAUACAUCCAAACACAUACCAGAAUGGCAGAAACAGUAUACUGAAAAAGUGUCUUCAUGACUAUCAAACAGCUGAUGAAAAAUAUACAUCGAUUGCAUCUAAAGGAUCAAAGUUAAAGUGGCUCAUGCACAAUUUUGAGCUUAAACAGAUGUCUGUGAUUAUAUGAAAUUUGACCAGUAUUCAAAAAGAUAAUCAGGACAGAACUACUGGGGUUAUUACACAUUUUAAAUUUAUGAAGUACUUAAAGUUUACUGGUGUACCUGAAAACUAGAUUCAUAAAUGUUGCCCUAAUGUUCCUCAGCAUUCAGUAUGGCAUUGAGAAGUCAAGAACAGUUAGUCAGCUAUGAAAGUCAGCACACGUGUAGCUUAAAUGUGCUCCAGUUGUACGUUUUGUCGCUUAAAGCAGUACUGCCUCAAGCAUGUAAGAAACUGGGUUUGGUGCAACCUCAGUUUAAUUUUUGAAAGUCACUUAAUUUGCAUGGCCAUAAAUGACUAAUGGGGAAAGUAUAUUGUUUAAUGCAUUUUUGAUCUAUUCCACUGAACUACACACAUUGCUUUUUAUUAUAAUUAUAAAUACCAACAUGCCUAAUUACAAAAUAAAGGUGUAAUGGGCAAAGAAAGUGCAAAAAAAGAGGAAGCAAUCAAAUUAAGGCUUAAUGAAAAAAGGAAAACUUAAAAGCAGAGCACAAACUAAAACAAGAGAAAGACAAAAUAACAAUAAUCAACAAAGAGGUUAAGACAAAAAGGGGUCCUAAUGGAAAAAAACAGACAUGACGGCACACAGGUGGCAUGAGGAAUGAGAGGGAAACGCGCCACCUGAUUAGGGCAUGGCAAAAAAAAAAAAAAAAAAAAAAAAAAAAAAAAAAAAAAAAA